AUGGCACAAACUAUAUUUAAUCAUUUAAGUAAUGGUCAAAAAACAGAAACGAAACAUAUAAAUUUUCAGCAAGGUAAUAAUCAACCUUACCUUUCGGAUGAGGUACUCAAUGUUUAUGACUAUUUUAAUUCCGAACAUUUGAAAGGAGAAUUAGACUUGGCGCUAUUUCCUAACCUCAGAAAAAUCACUUUUCAACAAAACGUUCGAUUUAAUAUUUUAGAAAGUAUAGACCUUAGUAAAAAUGAAAAAUUAAGUAGAAUAGUGAUUGAUGGACAAAAUAAUGAUUAUUUUUUUGAACAUAAUAGCUUUACUUUGCUAAUUAAAGAGAUACAGCUUAGUAGAAUAAUUUUAGCAUGUGAUAUAAAAGAUUAUCGUGGAACUCGAUGGGUAUGGAUAAAGACAACAAAUUAUUUAAAGGAUCAAGCCAUUAUACCAUAUUUCUUAGUCGAAGAUAAGAAAAUAGAACAAUUAGAAGCCGAAGUUGCAAGUUUAAAACAAUCUCUUGCCCAAAAAGAUCAAACCAUAGCACAAAAUGAUAGAACCAUAGUCGAUUUAAAUAAAAAGAUUCAACAAACACCUACACUUGAUCAAUUUCAAGAAUUAAAUAAUAUAGCUUUGCCUUGUUCUGAUCUCGAUUUUGACAAACUUAAACAAGAAGUUAAAAGACUCAAAUUGAAAGAUUUUAAUCCUUAUUUCAAAGAACAAAAAGACUCCUUUGAGCAGUUAACAACUACAACCAAGAAUAAAGCAGGUGAUAGUUUAGGUGCUAUUUUGGAUCUUCUCUUGCAGACCAACAAACAAAUUAUUGAAUCUAAAAAUGAGAGCGAUAAUUCUUUUACUCAAGGGCAGCUACUAGGACAACUGCUUACUUGCCAGACUCUUUUGCAAACUAAAUUUACCUCAGAAGAACUGCAAAGUUUGUUAAAUAAACAAAAAGAGCUUUUAAUGUUAGAAAAGCAAUCUGCUAUUUUGAAGCAGUAA